AUGGUCACUACAUCAGCAGCAUCAGCUAUUAGCGCUAUAGAGCGCACAUGCUCAGUACCUAGCCUUCUUGGCUCUCUCUUUAUCAUCACCACCUUCUGUUCUUCGAAGCUGUUUCAUAAGCCCAUCAGCAGAAUGCUUUUUUACGCCUCUUUCGGAAAUAUGAUGAGCAAUGUCGCUACACUCAUGUCCAAGAGUUUCAUCGAUCAACCCAAUUCUGCUGGGUGCCAAACGCAAGCUUUUCUAAUCGAGACAUUCAUGUUUGCGGAUGUCUUUUGGGCCCUAGCUAUGGCUACGAACGUAUACCUCACUUUCUACUAUCGAUUCGAUGGCGUUAGACUACGUAAAAUAGAGCCACUUCACAUCGGUCUUUGUUACGGCAUUCCUUUCAUUAUAGCCGUCACCUUUAUCUUUGUAAGGAACAAAGACGGGGUUCGUGCAUACGGGAAUGCGAACUUGUGGUGCUGGCUUACCGUAGAGUGGGAUGCUUGGCAGCUUGCUACUUACGGACUGAUAUGGCUCAUCAUACUUAUCGCCUUUGCUAUAUACGUCCGCGCCGGUAUUACUAUCUAUAAAUGGAGGAAUCGCUUGAAUGGCUUCUCAAAUUCGAACGAGUUGAACACUUCGUCCCAAGUCGCGCAGAACUCAGACCUUCCGGGCAUUGCCAAGACCACUAAAAUCACAAUUACAACAUCAGAUUCUGCUCCGCCUGGUUUUGGCCAGCCUUUGGGAUCCGCAACUAGACCCGAGCCAGUUCAUUCAGCAAAUAUUUACACUGGUCCUGCUCCGCCCAUAGCAAAUUCUUCUGAGCAACGCAACAUCAGGACCCAGCACCCGGAUCGCAGAAGACGCAGCCCGAGUGAUGAGGCAGCUAUGUCUUAUGCCAAGUGCGCCCUUUUGUUUUUCACAGCGAUGCUUAUUACUUGGAUUCCCGCGAGCGCGAACCGUCUGUACGUUCUUAUUGACGGUAAGGCCUCUGUACAGUUGGGAUAUCUAAGCGCAUUUGUGCUCCCUCUGCAGGGCUUCUGGAACGCCUUGAUCUACUAUUAUACCUCUCGGGCCGCGUGUAAGCAGGUUAUUGCCAGUUUACGGAAUGGGUGCCGCCCUCUAGAGGAAAGCGAUCCCAACGGGUCUAGCUUUGUUGACAGAAUGAAUGCUGCCGACGGAAAUAACGAACAGGGUUUUCAGCUGGACCAGAUGAGAGCUGCCAAGAAGGUGCAUGAUUUCGGGGACACAGAAAGCACGAUAUCGCUAACAGCGAGGGUUUGA